UUCUACAGGAGUUACAGAAGAGAAGAAGAAAGAGAAUGCUAUGAUGCUAGCUAGCUCUUCGGGUCUGAUAUGCGCUUCGACAACAGCUUAGCCCCAACAACAAGAUCAGUAUCAAUGUUAAAUAAUGUGCUGUGGUUAAUUAACCAGAUGAUCGUUCGGUUUCAGGGUGGUGCUCGUUAUUAGCCAGAUAGCUAACGGAACGUUAGUCUUGUUAGCCCCGCUAACAACAGCACCUGCUGUCGCAGCUGCCCGCUCUGCUGCAAAAAACCCUGCGUUAAUCAGUCUAAAUGGAAACAAAUGCACCGAAAAGACGUGACAACAAGAAGUCUCUGCGGGUUAAAGUCAUCAGCCUCGGAAAUGCUGAAGUGGGGAAGAGCUGCAUCAUCAAACGCUACUGUGAGAAGAGAUUUGUUCCCAAGUAUCUGGCAACAAUUGGCAUUGACUACGGCGUCACCAAAGUGCAGGUCCGAGACCGGGAAAUCAAAGUCAACAUCUUCGACAUGGCCGGACAUCCGUUCUUCUACGAGGUGCGUAAUGAGUUCUACAAGGACAGUCAAGGGGUUCUGCUGGUGUACGAUGUAGGUCUAAGGGAGAGCUUCGACGCUCUGGACAGCUGGCUGGCUGAGAUGAAACAGGAAAUGGGCUCUCAGGCCAACAUGGACAGCAUCGUCUUUGUCGUCUGCGCUAACAAGGUGGACCUGACAAAGAGGAGGGUCGUCGACGAGGGAGAGGGCCGUCUGUGGGCGGAGUCCAGAGGCUUCCAUUACUUUGAGACAUCAGCACAAAGUGGUGAAGGCAUCAAUGAGAUGUUCCAGGCGUUCUUCUCCUCCAUCACCGACAUGUGUGAGAACGGUGGGAAGCGGCCGGUGUCAGAGGUCAGCGUGGGCUUCACAAAGGAGCAGGCGGACACCAUUCGACGCAUUCGUAACAGCAAAGACUCAUGGGACAUGUUGGGGGUGAAGCCCGGCGCCACUCGGGAGGAGGUGAACAAGGCAUACAGGAAGCUGGCGGUCCUGCUUCACCCAGAUAAAUGUGUGGCCCCAGGCAGCGAGGACGCCUUCAAGGCGGUGGUGAACGCUCGCACGUCAUUGCUGAAGAACAUUAAAUAACAGAGAAGAUGAUUUGGACUGCAGAACCUCGGUGCCAAACCGACCCGUUAGUUUAUUUAUUUAUUUAUUUAUUUAUUCAGCGUUUACAUCUUGUGUGUCAUGUGGCUGUUUGCCAACAUCAGUUGUGUUCUCUGAUGGAGGACGAGGAGGGCAACACGAUGAAGAGCGAAAGUUGUUACUGUUCAAAUUCUUUCAUUUGGCAAAAAAUAAUUCUCAGAUUAAAAUCGUAACAUGUCAGACGUCAGGAGGACAGAUUAAAAUGAAAAAUGAAAGCCUCAUUUACAAAACGCUCACCGACUGCGGUAAAAUCCGGUCUCGAUUGUGUGGAUUUGAGGAGAAUAUGUAAUAAAUAAUAUUAAAUAAGUAGUGAGAAUAAAUCUAACAAGUUUCUUGAUUCCUGUUGCUCUCGUCGCUCUCCAGGUCUCACGCUGAUCUCACAAACCCGUCCGUGUUUUCAGACUUUUAUUGUGAAAGAGCCACUCGUUUAAGUGUUGAAAGACUCUAAAUCGGCUGGCGUAAAUAGAACUCCCAAAACAAAAUGUAAUGUCAUCAAAAUGCAUGUUGAAUAUUAAAAUCUGCUGACCAAUCAGAGGAAAGUACCCAGGCUGAGGGGCGUGAAUAUUACUUCCUGUCUGACAUCACAGCAGGAACCAAUCAGCAGCUGAGUGUCACCCAAACCAACUUCCUGCCUGAAAUCCAUCAAAAUAUCAACUAUUUAGUCUGAAGAAUAAAGCAUGUGCUAAUAAUAAUAAUAAUAAUUAUUAUAUAAUUGUGCUGCACUCAAUCGUUUCUCUUGAAAUAUUGUGAGUGAAAAAUUGACAACAAUUCAAAUAUGUAGUUUUUGUAUAUUUCAGAAUAUUUUGUUCUGGUAAACGUAUUUACUGUUAUUAUUAUUAAUAUUUCCUUUCACUCUCAAUAAUCCUCUAGUUGUUAUGUUUUAUGCAGCCCGUUUUAUCCACCUUAUUCCUGUCCCUGUGGGCUUGUGCUUGAAAAAUUCGAGCAACUUCUUAUUCGCGUUACAUUGAGACAAAGUGGUCCCUUUGCGCUAAUCCUCCAUUUAUGAGCUUUUAGAGACGUAACACCAGCUGUCACAGCUCAAACGUGACACCGUUACACCCCUGCACCAGAGAAGGGGGGGGUUUGAUCUUAAAAUUUGGCCAAAAGCUAAUGUACAGUAGCAUUUUUAGCUAGUUUCCUAACUCAACAUUCGACAGCGAGGCAAUAAACAAUCUUAAAAGCUCCGAAGCUCAUCAGUACCUACGUAGUAACAAGGCUGGCCAUGUUUUGUUGAAAGACAAUCGUAUUUAAUUAAAAGCAGACGUACAGCAGAGUCAGUCUUAAAUCGGCAGGUUAAUGAUGGCAGUCUAAACACACACGACAUUAUAACUGUUCAGAAAAUUGUACACAUUAGAGGCCGACCGAUAUGGUCUUUUAGGCCGAUACAGAUUUUUAAAGAAUUUAGUUGCCGAUGGCUGAUAUCUAAAACUGAUUGUAGCAUGGCAGCUAACCAAAGCGCUGUACAGGAGAGCAAAAGACUCACACACAACAACAAAGACGGUAUAGGAGUAAAAUAUAAAGCUAAAAACAUAUAACACACAUAAAAGCAAAGCAUAAAAUUACAUUAAAAAUUAACUAAC